AUGUCCAAGUCGCAUUCCAUAGAAGAGAUUGAAAUGCAAAAUCCCAACGCAACGACCAUUCCAAAACGACCAAUAACCGCAGCAAUUCUCAGCUGUCUGCUCAUCUACUUCGAUAUCUGGUUUCCCUCCUACGUCGAUAAGUGGACCAACAAUGACUAUUUUUGGCUCUUGACUGCCAACUGUGGUCUCGCUCUCACAAUCUGUGGAAUCUACCUGUCCUGGGACUUUGGCGAGGAGGGCGACGACGAAAAGGCAAAAGUUGACUCGACACGAGCAAUCAUUGCUACUAUACUGGCUUUCCUGAUUGAUACGUUUGGUCUUUGGGCUUUGACUUGGGAUGUGAGAUGGAAUAUUGGGGCUUGGGUUUGUUUGGUGUGUGUUAUGGUUGGGUUGGUUGUAGGUGUCUGCGCAGGACAAGCAUUGAUGAGGCAAGCGAAUACAUCAGCUGCUGCGAGGGAGAUGAGUGAGAAGAAGAAGUGCGGUGUCCAGUUCUGGUUUUAG